AUGUCCUGGGCUCACUUCUUAGACUCCUCUUUCCUCACGUCCUCUCGCGCUCCCCACUGCUGUCCAUCGCACGGUUUUGCCCUGUCGGACGCAGCCGAACGUGUCCGGUUUGUCCGGCUCGGCUGCCACGAGAGAGGAUCGGAGAAAUCUGAACCCGUUCAGCUCCAGAAGGCGAAAUGGUGUACACCAGGUUUUGGCAUCGACCAGGAGUGUUUUUGGUGCAUUAAAGCUGUCAAGCUGGAUCCCAAUAUCCAGGAGCCGCUUCUAAGCCAGGAGCCGGGAGAAGACUAUCGAACCACAGAGAGAGAUGCCCGGCAAGUGGAGAAAGAGUAUUACAGGACGCUUACAAACCAGAGGGUCUUUCUCGCUGCUUUUGCUGCUGUGCUAGGAAACUUCAGUUUCGGUUUUGCCUUGGUGUACACGUCCCCGGUCAUCCCCGCGUUGGAGAGGUCUCCAAACCCCAGCUUAAAGCUGGAGGAGACCACGGCCUCUUGGUUUGGGUCCAUCUUCACCCUGGGAGUGGCUGCGGGCGGUCUGGGCACUAUGUAUUGCAACGACCGCCUGGGCCGAAAGCUGAGCAUCAUGGCCUCCGCCGUGCCGUCCGUCUUCGGAUACCUCUUCAUGACCAGCGCCCAAGGGGUCUGGAUGUUGCUCGUGGGCAGGCUGCUGACGGGAUUUGCUGGUGGCAUGACCUCGGCUGCCAUCCCAGUCUAUAUUUCCGAGAUCUGCCACCCCGGAGUCCGAGGUGCCUUGGGGUCCUGCCCUCAGAUCAUGGCCGUCUUGGGUGCCCUUUUCCUUUACGCCUUGGGUCUCGUUCUCCCCUGGCGCUGGCUGGCCGUGGCCGGGCAGGCCCCUGUUCUCCUCAUGGUCGCCUUGCUCUGCUUCAUGCCAAACUCACCCCGUUUUCUGAUCGCCAAGAAGAAAGAGGAGGAAGCCCUCGAAGCUCUGAGGUGGCUGAGAGGAGACGAGGUGGACUAUUGGUGGGAGUUCGAGCAGAUCCGGAGCAGCGUGAUGGAACAGAGCGAGCCCAUCUCCUGGACCGAGAUCAGAAAACCCUACAUUGCCAAGCCACUGGCGAUCACCCUCCUCAUGAGGUUCCUGCAACAGCUCUCUGGGGUCACUCCCAUCCUGGUCUAUUUGCAGCUGAUCUUCGACAGCACCGCCGUCAUCUUGCCCUCCCAGUACGAUGCCGUGAUCGUUGGGGCCGUCCGGUUGGGAUCAGUGCUGGUUUCUGCUUUCUCGGUGGAUAAAGCUGGGAGGAAAAUACUCCUGUAUAUCUCAGCUAUCAUCAUGUUCGCCUCGAACCUGACCCUAGGUUUGUACAUCCACUACGUGCCAGCCUCGCCCCAUAACUCCUCCGUCACCGCUGCCCACGAGAACCCGGCCGGCCCCCCUUUGCAUGGCCUCACCAUCAUCCCCCUGAUCGCCACCAUGUUCUACAUCAUAGGUUAUGCCAUGGGCUGGGGUCCCAUCACCUGGCUGCUGAUGAGCGAGGUCCUCCCCCUGAAGGCCCGAGGGGCGGUCUCCGGGAUGUGCGUCCUCGUGAGCUGGCUGACCGCCUUCGCCUUGACCAGAGUCUUCCUCUUGGUGAAGGACAACUACGGCCUGGAGGUGCCCUUCUUUUUCUUCUCGGUCAUCUGCGUGGCGAACCUCGUCUUUGCGUGUCUCCUCCCCGAAACGAGAGGGAGGUCUUUGGAGCGGAUAGAGUCGUAUUUCCGCACCGGACGAAAAUCGUUUCUAGAAUCCUUCCGAGGCAGUCGGAGAAGUUAUAGUUAACUCAGGUUUGGCGUUUCUGAGACCGACGCAGGUCGAUGGCUGUGGGAAAUGGUCUUCGUAGUGCACGGACCUAACCUCACACUUUUUACUGUAUGUACAUCAUCUGGAAGGGAGAGAUAAUGAACUAUGCACUAGUAGAAUGUUAAAAUUUGCUUAAAACAGGGAAUUUAGCAGCCGAGAGAUUGCAAUAUAAAUGGCCAAGUUCUCGGUUCAAAACUCAACACUGCUUCUUAGAUGUCCUUGCAAUUAAGCCGCUCGCUUGCUUCUCUCUUGGAAAAAUGCAAAGUAACACAACUGACUCCAGCAAUGUCACGUACAAGGUUGUUGCAAGGGUUCUUAAUCUAAUGUAGCACUUUGAACACUAUAAAGCACCUAUUUAUAAAGCAAUGCUUAUUGCACAAUCCAUAAAAACGGACCUGGAAGAAGA